AUGUCAAGACCAAGAUCCAGGACAAGGAGGGAAUUCCCCCUGAUCAACAGCGUCUAUCUUUGCCGGAAAGCAGUUGGAGGAUGGCCGCACCUUGAGCGACUACAACAUCCAGAAGGAGUCACUCUCCACUUGGUUCUCCGUCUCCGUGUGACCAAGAUCCAGGACAAGGAGGGAAUUCCGCCUGAUCAACAGCGUCUCAUCUUUGCCGGAAAGCAGUUGGAGGAUGGCCGCACCUUGAGCGACUACAACAUCCAGAAGGAGUCUACUCUCCACUUGGUUCUCCGUCUCCGUGGUGGUAUGCAGAUCUUUGUCAAGACUUUGACUGGUAAGACCAUCACCCUUGAUGUCGAGCCCUCUGACACCAUUGACAAUGUCAAGACCAAGAUCCAGGACAAGGAGGGAAUUCCCCCUGAUCAACAGCGUCUCAUCUUUGCCGGAAAGCAGUUGGAGGAUGGCCGCACCUUAGCGACUACAACAUCCAGAAGGAGUCUACUCUCCACUUGGUUCUCCGUCUCCGUGGUGACCAAGAUCCAGGACAAGGAGGGAAUUCCCCCUGAUCAACAGCGUCUCAUCUUUGCCGGAAAGCAGUUGGAGGAUGGCCGCACCUUGAGCGACUACAACAUCCAGAAGGAGUCCACUCUCCACUUGGUUCUCCGUCUCCGUGGUGGAAACUAAGUUUCUGAUGGCUUAGUUAGUUUGGUUUGGUCUCCUUUGUGGUGGCUGUUGAUGGAAAGAGGAAAAGAAUGACGGAUUAUUACCGCAGAAUAGUAUAAUGCUCGAAAAUAGUAAUUAUC